AUGGCCCCGGCCCGCUUAAAGGCGGCGGCGGCCGCGCCGCGGGCAGAGCUAGGAGUCCGUCGUGGCCGCCGCCGGCCCGGAGCCGGCGCGAAGAUGCCCCGGGGCUUCCUGGUGAAGCGCAGCCGGCGGCCCACUCCCGUGUCGUACCGGGCGCGCUGCUGCCGCGAAGCCGCCGCCGGACCGCCGCUCCCCGCCGGCGCCGCCCAGCCGCCCGCCUGCCCCGCUGCUCCGCCGCCCCUGCCGCGGGACUCGCCGCCGCCGGUGCCGUUCGGGACGCCCGAUGCCGCCGUGCAGGCGCUGUACAGCCCCACGCGGCCCGUCAGCAGGGACAAGUACCUGGAGCGCGGCUUCAGCCUGGGCUCGCCCGUCUCAGCCGAGUCCUUCCCCGCGCCGGCUGUGCCCGGCACCAUGGACCCGAUCCUCUUCGCCCCGGCCGACCUCAAGCUCUGGGCCGCUGCUGGCCACGCCGAGCCGCCCGCCGCCCACCCCGGCCCCGGUGGAGUCGCCGCGCCGCCCGCCUCGGGCCGCCCGCUGCCCGCCAAGCGCCCGCCGGGUGCCUCCGAGCCCGGGCGGCAGAAGGCCCCGUCGGGCAAGAAGACGAAGGCGAUCCGCAAGCUGACCUUCGAGGACGAAGUGACCACCUCGCCCGUGCUGGGGCUGCGCAUCAAGGAGGGCCCGGUGGAGGUGCCGGCCAAGGCGCGGGGCGGCUGCGCCCGUCCGCUGGGCGAGUUCAUCUGCCAGCUCUGCAAGGAGGAGUACGGGGACCCCUUCGCGCUGGCGCAGCACCGCUGCUCCCGCAUCGUCCGGGUGGAGUACCGCUGCCCCGAGUGCGACAAGGUCUUCUCCUGCCCCGCCAACCUCGCCUCCCACCGCCGCUGGCACAAACCGCGUCCGCCCGCCACCAAGAGCGGCCCCGAGGCGGGCCGGGCACCGGCCGCGGGCCCGGCCCCGGCGGAGGAGACACCGAAGGAGGCGAGCGGUGGCAGCGGCAGCGAGCGGGACACGCCGAGCCCUGGCGGAGCCUCGGAGGCGGGCUCCGAGGAGGGGCUCUUCGAGUGUCCCCGCUGCGCCAAGCGGUUCCGCCGGCAAGCCUACCUGCGCAAGCACCUGUUGGGGCACGCCGCACCGGCAUCCACGCCAGCCCCGGUACCCGCACCGGCCCCGGAGCCCAGCGCCGAGGAGCUGCCCGCCGCCGAGUGCCGCCUCUGCCCCGUCUGCGGGGAGACCUUCCCCAGCAAGAGCAGCCAGGAGCGGCACCUGCGCCUCCUGCACGCCGCCCAGGUCUUCCCCUGCAAGUACUGCCCGGCCACCUUCUACAGCUCUCCCGGCCUCACCCGGCACAUCAACAAGUGCCACCCCUCGGAGAACCGGCAGGUCAUCCUGCUCCAGGUGCCGCUGCGCCCUGCCUGCUGAGCCGCCCGUGCCUUCCCCGCCGCCCCGCGCUGCUCCCCCGGGGCCGCCACACGAUUAGCUUUAAUACGGCUUGUGACCUGCUGGAAUCUGGCUUUACACUUACCUUCCCGGGGUCUCUCUCUUAUUUUUUCUUUUUCUUUUUUUUUAAUUUUAUUUUUAUUUUAUUUUUUUUAUUUUGUUCCUUUGCUCUGUUUUUUAUCGAUGUGAACAGAUCAAACUGCUUGAGAGAAACAAGCGUUUCCUUUAGUGUAGCCACAAAUGCCUUGACUCUGCUGUUGAUGGUCUCCAGAAAAUGCUGUAGAAACUGCCUUAACUGUGACAUGCCAACUUUCUGUUUUCUGUUCGUUUGCCCUUACUAAGGUAGCUCAUGAGUUGUCUAUCUGUAUAUGUUGGUUUGAGUAAUUAUGUUAUUUAUUCGUUAUUUAUUUAUAUUAAUUAUGAAGAUUGAUAUUAUUUGAUUGCAGAUAUUCUAAUGCGCUUUUUUGUCUCCCCACCUGCCAUUUCACUGUGCAUUUUAGAAGAUCUUUUUUUCUUAAGGGAUCUGCUAAAAAGGUUUUAACUUUUAUACCUAGAAUAACACAUGAUCUUAACCAUUUUAUCCCGUGCAACCAACAGCUCUUACUUUUAGAUGCAAUCUCUUUUUCUACACACAUUAUUUUCUUAACUGUUAGCUAUUUAUAGAGUGCUUCGAUAGAACUGUUUCAACUGUAUAAUUAUUUACUAUUCGAAUAAAAUAUUUUCAAAUUCAA